CACAUAUUUUCAUCAAACCAGUUGGGAGAGAAUAAGACAUCCAAAAACAUUACUUCUCAAUUAGCUCUCUCCUUUCACCCAUCACUUUCUCGUCACAAUGAGGAAGCCAGAACCCUCCUCUGCACCAGCAGGCAAGAAUAACAAAGAGAACAACUCUAACAGUAAGCUCCGAAAGGGUUUGUGGUCACCGGAGGAGGAUGACAAGCUGAUGAGCUAUAUGAUCAACAAUGGUCAAGGUUGUUGGAGUGAUGUGGCAAGAAAUGCUGGACUGCAGAGGUGCGGCAAGAGUUGCAGAUUGCGCUGGAUCAAUUACUUGAGGCCGGACCUUAAGCGAGGCGCCUUUUCGCCCCAAGAAGAAGAGCUCAUUAUCCAUUUACAUUCUCUCCUUGGAAACAGGUGGUCCCAAAUUGCAGCACGCUUGCCUGGGAGAACUGACAAUGAAAUAAAGAAUUUCUGGAAUUCAACAAUAAAGAAAAGGUUAAAGAAUUUGUCAUCCUCAAAUGGCUCACCAAACGCAAGCGAUUCAUCCUCAGAGCCUAAGGAUCAUUGUGUGAUGGUGACCGGAGGGUUCAUUACUCCCGGGCAAGAACAUGGCAUGUUGCCAAUUUACAUGGACUCAACACCAUCGUUCAUGCAAUCUACGGUCCUCAACCACAUGUUUGAUCCAUUGCCUAUGCUCGAUAUAAAUCAUGGCGGCCUAACCUUUCCCGGCGCAGGUGGAUACCACAAUGCCAACCCAUGCAUAACACAAAGGGAGAUUGAAGUUGUUGUUGGUGGUGUUGGUGAUUGUUAUAACUUUGGAGAAAAUGGAGUGUUUGGGAGUGGAGAUGUUGAUAUUGGGGUAGAAGGAGAGAUAUUUGUCCCUCCUCUUGAGAGUGUGAGCACUGAAGAUCAAAAUAUUAAAACUGAAACCAUCUAUGGGGAUCAUAGAAACCCUAGUAGUAGUAAUAAUAAUAAUUACUACAAUAAUAUAAAUAGCAUCCUCACCUGCAAUAAAAAUAUUAAAGGUGAGAGCAUAACUGGGGUUGGGAAUUACUUCGAUGAUGAUCAGGAAGAGCUCACCAUGGGGGACUGGGACUUGGAGGAUUUGAUGAAAGAUGUUUCAUCUUCCUCAUUUCCUUUUCUUGACUACCAAAGUUGAAUAAGCCUUCAAAUAUUCCUCCAUCUCUUUUUCUUGGAUUUUAUCUUUUUCAUUGAGGAUCCCUGCUUUAUUCCUGAAGGUUGGUAGAAAAUUGUUCCUAGUCAUAGACUGCAGAAGUAGAAAAACAGUGUUUAUUCUACUUUUAUAUUACCAUAUAUGGUAUCAGAAGGCAAGAGUUCAAGGGUAGCUCAGAUGAAGUGGGACAUGGUGGUUGAAAUAAAGGUCACACUUGAGUAUAUAUAAAGUGACAAUGAAGAGUAGUCUUGUAUGUAUCUGCUUUUUUCAUGGCGCUCAGAGGCUUCAAAGAGUGUCAUAUACUUUGUGAAGGAAGAUGUGAAUAGCUACAUAAAAAUGUAGGGAGAGAUACAUCAAGGUUAAUAAUAAUAACUAGUUGGUAUA